AAAGCUGAACAACAAAAGAAGAUAUAAUUACUCGCAUCUAGAUAUGAUCUAUAACUCCUUCUGCUUGUUCAAACGCAGGAAAUGGUGUAGAAAGAAGUACAUAAAUUCCCAAAUUUACAACAAAGGGUUUAAAAAGUAUUCGUUAGACACAGAUAUUUGAAACAUUAUAUCUGUUUGCCACCAAUCCAAACUUCUCAUCGAGUGGCUCCUGGAUGAGAGACAGAUCUUUUUGUCAAAGUUUGGUAACAAAAGUUCGCUGAGUUAUAUUGACGAGGAUCUUAGGAAUCCCCUUAAAGAUAUUAUCAAAUACAAAUGCAAGAAUUUUUAUGAAAAAGAAGAACAAUUUAAUCAUAAGAAUGAAGAAUUUGUAAAGAAGAUCAGCAUGGAAGGAGUAAGAGACUUCGACCGAUUCCUGAUCAACCAAAUCGAACCGAUGUCAGAUCCAAAACACAGGAGAAACGAAAUUAGUGAAGAAAAUAAAGGAAAUCCAGCUCCUGACAAUCAAUCUGCAGGUUAUAAACCUGUUGGCCCUACUUGACCUCCACUGAAAGCCACUCUUUCUCAGGCGCAGCUUGGGAAAGCCCAGAGGCAGGCUAAUAUAACCACCCACUUCCAGCCCCCAACUCAGCCACUGAAUGUGACCCCAACCGUGCAGCUCUAAAACCGACCGAAGACAAAGAGUCGUGAGAAGUUGGCGAUGUCAGUAUUGAGAUGAGUAAUCAGAGAUCUAUGGUCGAAAUGCUUCAAAAACAAAUUUCAGGAACUAACAUGUAUCAAUUGAACAGCAAUUCAAAUCCUUAUAAAAGAAAAUUAGAAGAAAAUCCAGCCUAGUGCUUCAUUUUAAUUCAUUUAUUAAAAUUUUAAUAAAA